CGCGCGAUGGCGGCUGCGAGCGCCUGCGACAGCAGCGGUGGCAGCAGCGACACGUCCAGCUCGGGCGAGGAGGAGCGGAUGCGGCGGCUCUUCCAGACGUGCGACGGCGACGGCGACGGGUACAUCAGCAGGAAUGACUUGCUGAUGGUCUGCCGACAGCUAAAUAUGGAGGAGUCGGUGGCUGAGAUCAUGAACCAACUGGGCACCCACGAAAACGGGAAGAUUUCCUUUCAGGACUUCACAAGGUGCCACCAGCAGCUUCUUCGAGAAAUCAGGAAGGAGGAAGUAGACCUUUCCCUGACGUCAGACAAGUCCAGGAAAAAGAAGCUGAGGGAUAGAAUCACUUCCUGGCCCACGAGCAGUGACAACAGUCUGGGUGCUUUGUCAGCAGCCAGGGAGAGCUGGGAGUAUGAUUCCGGUGCCAGGGACCUCCAGAGCCCCGACUUGCAGAGCCAGCUGCCCUUCCAGAAGCUACUGGAGUGUGGCGGAAGCUCUUUGCCUCAGCAGGCUGUCCGCCACAAGCUUCUCACACAGUCCCUGCAUUUUGGCACCUCCACAGGCGGAAGCUAUCUGGAGCUGGCCAGCACCCUCCACCUGGCAGCCCUGGCAUCCCUCAAGGGAGACAUAGUAGAGCUGAAUAAACGUCUGCAGCAAACAGAGCGGGAACGAGACCUUCUGGAAAAGAAGUUGGCCAAGGCGCAGUGUGAGCAGUCACACCUCAUGAGAGAGCAUGAAGAUGUCCAGGAGCGCACAACCCUUCGCUAUGAGGAGCGCAUCACGGAACUCCACAGCAUCAUUGCGGAGCUGAAUAAGAAGAUAGACCGCCUGCAGGGCACCACCAUCAGGGAGGAAGAUGAAUACUCAGAACUGCGGUCAGAGCUCAGCCAGAGUCAACAAGAGGUCAACGAGGACUCCAGAAGCAUGGACCAAGACCAGACCUCUGUGUCCAUCCCUGAAAACCAGUCGACUAUGGUCACUGCUGACAUGGAUAACUGCAGUGACCUGAACUCGGAACUGCAGAGGGUGCUGACGGGGCUGGAGAGUGUGGUCUGCGGCAGGAAGAAGAGCAGCUGUAGCCUCUCGGUGGCCGAGGUGGACAGGCACAUCGAGCAGCUCACCACAGCCAGCGAGCACUGUGACUUGGCCAUUAAGACAGUUGAGGAGAUUGAGGGAGUUCUUGGUCGUGACCUUUAUCCCAACCUGGCUGAGGAGCGGUCUCGGUGGGAGAAAGAGUUGGCUGGAUUGCGGGAAGAGAACGAAAGCCUGACCGCCAUGCUGUGCAGCAAAGAGGAGGAGCUGAACCGGACCAAGGCCACUAUGAACGCCGUCCGUGAGGAGCGGGACAGACUCCGGAGAAGGGUCCGAGAGCUCCAAACUCGACUGCAGAGUGUCCAAGCCACUGGACCUUCUAGCCCUGGUCGCCUUACUUCUGCCAAUCGGCCGAUUAACCCCAGCACUGGAGAGCUGAGCACCAGCAGCAGCAGCAAUGACAUCCCCAUCGCCAAGAUUGCUGAGAGGGUGAAGCUAUCAAAGACAAGAUCUGAAUCAUCGUCAUCUGAUCGGCCAGUCCUGGGAUCCGAAAUCAGUAGCAUUGGGGUUUCCAGCAGCGUGGCAGAACACCUGGCCCACUCACUUCAAGACUGCUCCAAUAUCCAGGAAAUUUUCCAAACGCUCUACUCACAUGGAUCUGCCAUCUCCGAAAGCAAGAUUAGAGAAUUUGAGGUGGAAACAGAGCGUUUGAACAGCCGGAUCGAGCACCUCAAAUCCCAAAACGAUCUCCUCACCAUCACCCUGGAGGAGUGUAAGAGCAAUGCUGAGAGGAUGAGCAUGCUGGUGGGAAAAUACGAAUCCAACGCCACCGCGCUGAGGCUGGCCCUGCAGUACAGUGAACAGUGCAUAGAAGCCUAUGAACUCCUAUUGGCACUGGCCGAGAGUGAGCAGAGCCUCAUCCUGGGGCAAUUCCGGGCAGCUGGCGUGGGCUCCUCCCCUGGAGACCAGUCAGGGGAUGAGAACAUCACUCAGAUGCUCAAGCGGGCUCACGACUGCCGGAAAGCCGCUGAGAAUGCCGCCAAAGCCCUGCUUAUGAAGCUGGACGGCAGCUGCGGGGGAGCCUUCGCUGUGGCUGGCUGCGGCGUACAGCCCUGGGAGAGCCUGUCCUCCAACAGCCAUACCAGCACCACCAGCUCUACAGCCAGCAGCUGUGACACGGAGUUCACUAAAGAAGAUGAGCAGAGGCUGAAGGAUUAUAUCCAGCAGCUCAAGAACGACAGAGCUGCCGUCAAGCUCACCAUGCUGGAACUGGAGAGCAUCCACAUCGAUCCGCUCAGCUAUGACGUCAAGCCAAGGGGCGACAGCCAGAGGCUGGACCUGGAGAAUGCCGUGCUGAUGCAGGAGCUGAUGGCCAUGAAGGAAGAGAUGGCUGAGCUGAAGGCACAGCUGUACCUGUUGGAGAAAGAGAAGAAGGCCCUGGAGCUGAAACUGAGCACCAGGGAAGCCCAGGAGCAGGCCUAUCUGGUGCACAUCGAGCACCUCAAGUCCGAGGUGGAGGAGCAGAAGGAGCAGAGGAUGCGGUCUCUGAGCUCCACCAGCAGCGGUGGCAAAGAGAAGCCUGGCAAGGAGUGUGCUGAUGCUGCCUCCCCGGCUUUGUCUGAAGUAAGGACGAACAGUGACAGUGAGCUUGCCACAGAGUUCGCCAGCGCCAUCCGACGGGAGAAGAAACUCAAGGCCAGAGUUCAAGAGCUGGUCAGCGCCUUGGAAAGACUCACCAAAAGCAGUGAGAUCAGACACCAGCAGUCAGCAGAGUUUGUUAAUGACCUAAAACGGGCCAACAGUAACCUGGUGGCUGCCUAUGAGAAAGCAAAGAAGAAACAUCAAAACAAGCUGAAGAAGUUGGAAUCCCAGAUGAUGGCUAUGGUGGAGCGACACGAGACCCAAGUGAGAAUGCUCAAGCAAAGAAUAGCUCUGCUGGAGGAAGAGAAUUCCAGGCCACAUACCAACGAAACUUCACUUUAACAGGCACUCAGGCCCCAAGGUUCUGCCCCAAGGGGCUGAACUCCAGCAGCUCUAAAGUCCUCUGCAGAGAAAGGGUCCAAGGAGAAGACUGCAUCUAGGUCACGGCUCCACCCUUGGCGCGAGUAGUCCAUGAUGGCACCACAGAUUGUCUCUGCACGGGCUUCAGCUGCUCCAGGCCUGGCCACGAGGGGUGCCAACAAUGGCUCCAGCCAAGUGCAUAGCCAUGUCUUGUUUCACUUUUCACCACACAAGUUCUCAUGCUCUUCUCACUUGUUCCGUGUAGCGGUGGGUGGGAAUCCAGGCACUUGGUUUUAUGCGGAUUUCCAAGUCUUUUUCUUUUUUCUUUUUUUUUUG